UCCUUCUUUCACUCUUCUUUUUUCUUUUUUUUUCUUCCUUUCUUAACUUUUGCAUUUCAUGCACUGGUAUUUCCUUCAGGAAAUGCAUUUUCUAGUUUAUGAUUAUAAUUUUAGUUAGUUAGUUGGCUGAAUGGUGGUCCACAUACACCAUGCUUUUAUGUCACUGAAUCAUAUGGAAAAAUCACAACUAUUCUUUGAAGUGGAUUCAGCAUACCUAAAUAAUAUACAUACAUUCUUGCAGUGAAAGUCUGGGUCAACUUUAUAUAGAAAAAGAGGAAGGGAAAGAUUCAGAUCUGAGCUUUAUUGUGGACAUACACUAGAACAACAAGCUAAAUGGCAUUGAACUUUGCUAACCCACAGCCUGCUGUGAUUCAGCAUACAGGGUUUACAACGUUGAGGGAAAAUAUUUGAAGCAGUUACACGUACAGGAGUAGAUUGCGAAACAGGACAUAGAUGAGCUGAUAUCAGGUUUACCUUUAGGCUCUUCAAGAGGUGUGUUCUCUAGACAGGUGCAAGAGCAGUGAGAGCAAGGGUGACAUCCAGGAGACUGUCACAUGCUUCAGUGGUAGCAGAGGUUACAAUGAUGAAGGACAAGGCCAACCGGUCUUUAAAAGAUGAGUCAUAUUCAUGACAUAUAUCAUCUGUCAAAUCUCAUGCCGAGCCCAGAUCACCAAAAAACUAUUGAUGAAGCUGCAAGUUAAUUGCAUUAAAACAGACAAUAUAUGUAACUUCCAGGGGCCUCCACUUUAGUUUCUUUCUUGGGAAACAUCUUCAACAUGGAUACCAAAGAGAACAUAGGUUAUAGGUUCCUUGUGUACAGGAUUGGAUUUAAUUAUAUCACCUCUUUACUGAGACAUGGAUUUGUGGAUAUGAUGGAUAGAUACAUAUCACAUAACUGCUUAGGGUCUGAAGGAUCUCCCUGUGCUAAAAUCACAGUGGCUAAGAAUAUCUGCUAAAGUCUUUGUACAAACUUUAAUAUACCACAACUCUUUCAGCAAGCCCAAAGCAAACACACUCCUCCCUUGGUGUCUCUGACCCGCCAGCUGAAAAACACCAAGAGCAUGACCCCCACAUGCUGUAUUACGCAAGAACACAAGUUGGACCCUUCAACUCUCUCCACAGACCCAAACACUCAAACUCAAACUCAUAUGCACAAAAUCCUUUCAGCCAUGCAGCUCCUAUGGCUCUUCGAAGGGCUUGGGUUUAAGGGAGUUCUGCUGAUCAUUUUUGUCUUUCUCCUGAUUGCUGACUACCUGAAGAAUCGCAAGCCUAGCGGCUAUCCUCCAGGGCCAUUUCCACUUCCAUUUGUAGGGAACAUCUUCAGCAUGGAUGCCGAAGAACCACACAUCUAUCUGACCAAGCUGGCUGAGGUUUAUGGGAACAUUUUUGGUCUACGUUUGGGACGUGAUAAUAUAGUGUUCCUGAAUGGCUAUAAGAUAAUAAGAGAAGCACUGGUGGUCCAGGGAGAGAACUUUGUUGACAGACCCUACAGCCCCACUGUGGCCAGGGUCUAUGCAGGAAAUAGGGGUCUGUUCUUCAGUAAUGGGCAGACUUGGAAGAAACAGCGGCGCUUUACUGUGAGCACGCUCAGACACUUUGGCCAGGGGAAGAAGACUCUGGAGCUGGCCAUCUGUGAGGAGUGCCGCAACCUCAUGGAGGAGAUGGAGGGACAGAAAGGUGAGGCUUUUGACCCAACACAUUUAAACAGCGCUGUCUCCAAUAUCAUUUGCCAAAUGGUGUUUGGUCACCGAUUUGAUUACAGCGAUGAUACCUUCCAGAGGAUGCUGCACUACCUGUCUCAAAUAGUCCAUCUGGAGGGAUCUAUUUGGCAUCAACUGUACGAGGCCUUCCCCUCCAUAAUGAAACAUCUGCCUGGGCGUCACAACGACAUUUUCAGCAGCUACAGACACGUCACUGGUUUUCUGAAGGAAGAGCUGAAGAGACACAAGGAGAACUUUGACCCUGCCGACCCAAGAGACUACAUUGAUGCCUUCCUAGUAGAAAUAACAGAGAGGACACAUGACCCAGAUGAUGGCUUUGAUGAGGCCAACGUGGUGCUGAACUCACUGGAUCUGUUUAUGGCGGGGACGGAGACGACCACUAUAACCCUGCGCUGGGCACUCCUCUACCUGAUGAAGUACCCACACAUACAGGAGAAGGUCCAUGCUGAGAUAGACCGUGUGAUUGGACAGUCACGAGCGCCCAGCAUGGAUGACAGACCCAACAUGCCUUACACCGAUGCGGUCAUCCAUGAGGUCCAGAGGCUGGGGAACAUUGUUCCCCUGAAUGGCCUGAGGAUGGCUGCCAAAGACACAGCCCUGGGAGGAUACUUCAUUCCAAAGGGAGCAGCUGUGAUGCCCAUACUGACCUCAGUGCUGUAUGAUAAGUCUGAAUGGGAGACACCAGAUGAAUUCAACCCGGGUCACUUCCUGGACUCAGAGGGCAAGUUCAGGAGAAGAGAUGCCUUCUUGCCCUUCUCUGCAGGGAAGAGGAUAUGCAGUGGGGAGCAACUGGCCCGGAUGGAGCUCUUCCUGUUCACUGUCAGUUUGUUCCAGAAAUUCCGGUUUUCCGCCCUGGAGGGAGAAGAGUUAAGCCUGAAAGGGAUUGUUGCAUCUGGACGUAUUCCAUACCCUUUCAAGAUCCUCACUCACACAAGAUAUCAGUGAUUGCCAAAGCAAUAGGUUCUCAUCAAAAAGUUCCUGGCACCGGAAACAAACCCAACAAUUCCAGCCAGUCAACGCAUUGCUUCAGGAGCACAGAAGGGAAGGGUGUCAUUUUAUUUGCUGUUGAGCUCAAAUACCAAUAACCUUUUGCCAGAAUCGCAGACUCUACCUUUUUAUGGCUGCGGGACCAACAGUGUGAGCACAAAAAGCUUUAUUAUUAUUUUAAAUACAUUACUUUUUCAUAUCUGUUUUACCAUUGUGAUAUGCUGUCAUGUCUGUACUUCUGUACAGAACUGUGCAUACCCUGUUGAUUCAAACAAAUAAAGAGCAUAUUCAUUUUAAACUA